ACUUCAAUUCUUCGGCAGCAGUCGAUCGGAUAGGACGUGUUUUUUGGCUUUAGCGGUUAUUACUUCGUGGAGGACGGAUUAAAAUCCUGAUAGUUGUGCUGUGCUCACACAUUACUUUGUUGCAAAUUGUGUUGUGUUCUUCUGUAGGAAGGAAGGCAAAAUAAGGUGUGGUGCGGUUCGUGGGGAGUGCUCUCUGUCCGCGUCCCGUUCUUGUGUAAAGUGGUGAAAAUCUUCCACAUUCGGUCGAGAGAAUCAUCCAAGUAGUCCAGCUGUUUGGGUGCUCGUCGCGCUAUUCCCGGUAGAUUCUGUCUGUGCUGUGUGGGGUGUUUGAAAGGGCAAUAACAGCAGCAGCGAGCGGAGGCGCCCCGAAAAGCGAGCGGGAAGAAAAAACAACAAGAGUGCCAAGACUGGUGUGGACAAGAAAACAACAACUGCUGGCUGGUUGGCAUAGGAGCGGUGUGCUCUCGCGGAUAUUACGCAGUUAGCAAUAUUUUUUCGGCGAUUGCAGUUGAGUGUGACUUUUCUCGAGUAGAGUCGGAAGAAAAAGUUUUUUGUAAAGAGUUAGUUCGUUUUUAUUCUGAAAGUGGAUAUUGAAUUUGUUUCAUUGAUAAGCAAACUGUAGAAAGCACCGGCGUUGUGUUUCAGUGGAAGUUUAGUUUUUGUCGUGGUUGAAAAAUUUGACAAAGCUGGAAGCUGCGAAUCGGUGUUAAGUCUAGCAAGCCGGCCUUUUCCAUCUGCUCUCAUCGAUCAUUAACGAAACCGGAAGACAUUUUGUUUUCGGCUUAUCGUUACAAAACAAUAAACUAUUGUUAAAGACACUCAAAAAUAGACUUGUGGUAAAGAGAAAGAUUUUCCGUAAAAACUUUGAUUAUUUAAUUCGGUUUCAACGCACUAAACCGGCCCAGAUCCAAAAAUAGCUUUCGGCUUCUGGUUCUUGGUGGUGUUGGUGAAAAUUGCGUUUCCCUAAGCCGGUCAAAUUCGUGAAAGAUUAUUUGAAGAGACCGAAAGCUAAGGCGAACGUUACCUGUACGAGUACUUUGGGACAUCCGUAACCGUUACCGUUAAAACAUCCUUAAAAGGGUUACCAUGAUGGAGGUCGAAGAGCAACUGAACGGUUCCCACGCCACUCAUAAUGGCUACCACGCCAAUGGGGGUUCGAACCCCACCAGUCCAGUGGGAAGUCCCAAGACCGGUGUGAACGGCGAUGGGCUGAUGAAGAAACCGAUCGGAACCUUGGACGACAAAUUGAAGAAGCGGGCCCGCAAACUGUCCCGUUCCAAUAGCAAAGAUGGCGUGCUGGGUGUAGCCGGAACGCCGAACUUUGUGGCACCACACCGGAAGUGGAAGAACAGCCGUCGAUCACGCAACGGUGUCUCGCGGGGUCUUCCUAAGAAGGGUGGCGCCGGAGGCAAGGGCGUUUGGGGCAAACUCGGAGACGAAAUUUACGAGGAAUUAGACGAAGAGGAUCAGAACGAUCCCAACUUCGACUUGGAUGCGUACAACCGGCACAACUUCGAGCUCAAAGAAGUUGUCCCGGAGAUGACGGAUGAGGAGUUCUGCAAGAAGGUUGAACCCAUCAUCCUGGAGUAUUACGAGCACGGCGAUACCCACGAAGUGAGCGAGAGCUUGGACGAUAUAAUGCGCGCCGAGCGGAGGCCACUGGUGGUGAAGAUCGCCGUCGAGAUGGCCUUCGAACACAAACAAUCACAACGGGAGAUGACCUCGGUGUUGAUUUCGGAUCUCUACGGCAAGAUAAUUACGAGCCGAGACAUCUGCAAAGGUUUCGAUAUGCUUCUGGACAACCUGCCAGAUCUGACGCUGGACACACCGGAGGCGCCACACAUCCUGGGAAACUUCAUCGCGCGCGCCGUAGCCGAUGACUGCAUACCGCCAAAGUACGCUUACAAUGUCGAUCGGAAGCUAUCGACCGGGGACGGCGCCCCGGAGCCACGCCCUGCUAGUCCCCCCACCGUGACGGUAAGUCAGCAGGCGCGAGACGCCCUGACCCGGGCCACGACGCUACUGUCGAUGCACCAGGGCUGGGGCCAUCUGGACGACGUGUGGGGUGUAGGCGGUGCUCUCCGACCCGUCCAAACCAUCACCCGGCAGAUGACAAUUCUGCUGCAGGAGUACCUGCUGUCCCGUGAUCUCCUGGAGGCGCAGCGCUCGAUCAAGGAACUCGAGGUGCCGCACUUCAACCAUGAGCUGAUCUACGAGGCUAUCGUAAUGACGCUCGAAGCACUGAACGAAUCGACCGAGGAGGCGAUUUGUGCACUGUUCAAAUCACUCGACGAUACCUGCAUCGUGACGCCGGAGCAGAUGGAGUCCGGCUUCCGGCGGGUGUACGAUGACAUGACCGACAUCGUGCUGGACAUUCCGCUGGCCUACUCCAUCCUGGAUAGGUUCGUGCAGCGCUGCCAGAGGGCAGGCUUCCUGUCGGAUGCUGUGAUCAAGGAUCUCCCGUCGAGGGGCCGCAAACGUUUCGUAUCAGAAGGUGAUGGCGGCCGUCUCAAGCCGGUCAACAUGAAUGCACGUGAUUUUUAAGAGACCAAGUCAACAGAUUACGAGGCCAGAAAAGGGUCACACCACCCAAGAUCAACCGUAACACAUAUUGAGGGUUUUGGCUGACCCAAAUUACCUCCUGGAAAUUAACGGGAGCAAAAAAAGCAACAGCAGUAGUAGCAGCAGCAGCAUUUUGUUAAGUUUCCACCAGCAGACUUGGAACGCAACCGUAUUUGAGGCCAAUCUUUGAACUACCCAGCCAACGUGAAGAAAGCCGGGAAAUUCGUUUUGAUGUUUCGAAUCAAUUCCGAAGAAUUUUUGUUCGUUUAUUUUUUUUUACUGAGAUAGAUGCCAGCAUGGAAAGGAUUUUAGUUUCGAACAAACAGCUACCGAUAAAAGAGCGUGAUGAAAGUUUUUUUUUGUCAAAAGCAAACAUUAUCACCUUACGGAAGCAUUGAAAUUUUUUAGAAAGGUACGUUUUUGUCAAGAACAAUUUUGAAAAGGGUCACCUUAUAAAAUACUACAUAAGAGGAAAACACAAAACAUAAAAAAAUCCUAAUCAACUAUAUACGCAUACUAAACAUAACAUUUUCAUAAUUCCGAUCGUAGAAAAACAAGAAAAGUAACUGCAUUUUCAUACCAGGAAAAAGUAGAAUCAGUUUUGGUUCAGUUUAACAAAAAAAAAAAAUAAGGCCACCGUCAUAAAAAAAAUAGGGACGUUAGCAAACAAACCUGAAUUUGAAACUACGCUACACGCGACCACUAACUUUCGUUUCAUUGUUCCAUAAUCGGUUUGUAGUAGAAAGUAGUUGGUAGCUUAAAACCCCCCCAGAUUGUAUUUUGAAAAUUGACCCUAAAAUGAUAAUGAUGUAAUAUUUUUUGUUCUAUUCAUUUUUUUUUGCUUUUAAAUCGCAGCUUUGGCGAUUGAAAUAAAAUGAUACUAUAUUUUUUUCUAUUCGACUAUAA